AUCAGCUUUAAUGUUCUCUUGUCGACUAAAGGCGCGUUACAAUGGUCACCUUUAACCUAACCAUUCCACUCUCUGUCGACUUUUCAAAUCCUGAAGAUUACUUGAUUUUUAUUUUCCAUAUCCUGUUUGCUACAGCUUCGGCUCUCCUGGCAGGGUCAGUGGUCAUCGGCAUCAUGAGCAGUAAAGCCCUGCGCUCCCAAAACCGCUUCAUCUUCAUGUUAAACACCAGCAUCAGUGACACUUUAACCGGCUGCUCUGUCUUCUACCUCGGCCUGUUUGACGUCCAAGAAGGCUAUCCGUCCCGAAACGGCAGUUUUUACAUUUUGCCGUCAUUUCUAGGGGUGAACGUGCUGACAUUUGUAUUUGCACAGUUUGAUAGAUACCUGGCUGUUUGUCAUCCGUUCUUCUACAGCCGGUACAUUACGCGCGGGUCUGUGAUCUGCGUCUGCGCGUUCUGCUGGAUUUAUACAUAUUUAAUUGUAACUGUUCAGGGAGUCAUCCCAGUCGCGCUUGCCGCUCAAAUGAACGCGUAUUUGGUCAUAUUUCUGCAGGUGAUCGUAGCUGUUAAAGUUUUAAUGACCAUCAAAUUGUACAUGAUCGCAAGGAAUCAGCUCAAACGCGAAGCGCCAAGCAGCGACAAGGACAGCAAGAAAGAGUCGCUGCGCAUUAUCGUGUUUGUGGUCAUUUGUUUUCUCAUUUUAUGGGGUCCGUCCUUUGUUAACAUUUCCGUGAGAUUUGUGACCAGGAAUGGACUGAAGUUCAGAAAUGAAGCCACGAAUCUAUUCGCGAUCAUGGCGCGGUUUAACGCGCUCAGCACGCCCGCGCUCUACAUCUGGGGCAGUCCGGCGUUGCGCGCGGCCGUCUGGAGCUCCGUGUGGAGUAAAAUAUUCAGAACAACGACAAGGGUGGAUUCUGGCAUUGUGAAGCCCAACAAUGAAAACAGAAUUUUCAGCAUUACGUGGAGCACCAGACAAACAUGAACACUGCAGACUCCUCUAGCUGCUGAAACAUUACAUUUAAGUCAUUAGCUAAAAAAGAAAUCAGGUUUUACUCUGACAGGCCAGUUGAUAGAAUGCCAAAAUGAUUUUUGAUGGAUCUCAGAAUCAAGGUUGGACUUGUUUACAUGUAUUUAACGGCUUAUUUUUACAGUUUGUCUUGGCCUAAAAUAUUUUAAUUAGACUUUCUCACCAUUUUAUUUAGUUUUUAUGGUUUUGAUAAAAAAACACACACACAUAACUUCACAUAUAAAAACCAAAAGAAAGCAUGAAAUGUAGGCCUACCUGUAUAGUUGACAUGUCAUUGUGUUUCUCACAUUAUUUUUUAGGUUACAUUUAUACACCAUAUCGUGAGGUUACUUUAUUUGGUACCUCAUAAAAUGCCUUUUCUGUAAAUAGUCAUGCAAGCGGCUAAGAGACGCAAUUUUGAAUUAAAAAAAAAUAAUGUUUAACAAAUAAUCUUUUUAAAUUCUUUUUUAAAUACAUACAAACCUGUAUUGCUAAGAUAAUCAUUAUAUAUUGUUUUGAAAAUGGAUUUCAGGGCCUAAUUCACUGUUUCCAAAUGUAUAACAUCUUUGUUCAUAUUUAUUUUUACAAAGAUAUGCUAUCUAAUAAUAAAGGUCAUCACAUUGAGUUUCAA